AUGUGGACCGAGGGUGUCGACAGGUUCAACGGAGCGACCAUUUCACCACGGUGGCGGGAGAGUGAGACGCCGUGGCUGAUGGCCGACCUGGCCGCUAAGCCUGUGACCCUGUCGGCCGGAUUGGCGGCGAGUGCCGGCCCGCCGGUGGCUGUCAGCCAGCCGCCGCGUGUCGACCCCAACUCCACCGCCUCGCGCUCCGGCCCUAACGUGCCAUCAUACGCGUACGCGAACGGCGUUGCCCUGGGCAAGGAGUUGGGUGGUAUGUUCAAAGAGAUCCACAGUCUGGCGGGCAUCAACCGCGCAAUAGAGAGCAUCAAGUUCUUCGCCCGCGGGCAAGUCGACGUGGAGAAGAGAUCCGAAGAAGAGCUCUCAANUCGCUUACGAUAG